AUAUGUAAAUCGGUGUUGCACGGACAUAAGCGGUGAGUGUCGACUGCCAGUGUUCCCAUCGGAUUAAAACGAUUGAGUAGUUAUGACAGGAAUACGUCGUUUUCGUACAUUGACCGCGAACUUUUCAAGCCGUUCUCGUGACACCGUUCGUGACGCUUCCUGCGAAACGGGAAUUCAUCCUUCGGAAAUUCGCUGAUGGACAAUCGUGUCACGCGUUAUUUCGCGGCGCGGGCACACAUACACACACAAUACAGGGUGUUCGCAAAUAUUUGUAGAAAAAGUCACGAAUCUCUAGGUCCAUUCAAACUCAAACUUUGCAACCUUUCAUUCAAUUGUCCAUUGGGGUUCAAUAGUAAAACGCCGCGUAGCGUAGCGUUCAUUGAUCCGCAAGGACUACAACACUGUUUGUAAACAUUAUUGUUUGCAUACAAAGUGUGUUAGUGCUAGCCUACUCUGACAGGCGUCUAUGUGCAUACUGUAGCUUCUAAAAAUUCGGAGUGCAAUUUUUUGAAUUGACAAAUUCCAUAGUAAAUGAAGAAAAUUAGUCCUCACGCUGGAUAUUUCUAUUGUUGCCGAAGCCGACACCGAACCUUUCGAAUAUUUUCGAUAACACUCUAUAUCCACCGAUAUGGAUAUUUAAACAUUUUUCAAACUCCAUUAGGUGUAUAUCUUAUAGCUGCGUAUUCGUAUCGUAUCGCUAUGGCGUAUUAUACUUGUGUACAUGUCCGUUUACAUGUAUAUGCAUCGAUGCAGCGCUUGAUACGCCAGUGCAAUACGACACGAUGCGAAACAAUUGUGGAUACGCAGUUUAUGAUUCAUAGGUUUGCCGGUAUCGCGCUUACAAAAUAGCAUUCCCGUACUUUCGGGUUGUAUAAUUUUGGAGCACCCUGUAUGCGCUCAUCCCCCUUCACGGGCAACCGGGGAGGAGGACGAGCGAUACAAGCCAGACAGCUGGCGAACGAAAAUGUCGCGCUUUCUGCUUACAACGAGCGAAUAAGUUGUUACUCGGCGGCUGGUUGCCGGCGUUGUGUGCCGCGUCGCGGUUCAACGCGGACGUAGAGCGGGUUUGCAGGCAUCAGGGGGGAUCCACGGCAUGGUGGAAUGGAAGCGCGGGACGCUCGUUCGAUUCGAAGCGACUUUACACUCUUUAUAGCAGAAUAUCGCCACACUGGCUCUCGGGGCCGACGUGCUCUUCGUGUGUUUACGUGUUGCGCGCACGACGAGCAAUCGAUACGCGGCGCGACGCCGUGUCCAUGUGCCGGGUUCAGUGAGUAGAUUACGAAAUCGGGUGGGCAGAGCGGUGGCACGUUCGCACGUGGCCCUUUUGUCCACGAUUUUCCGAAUCGCGAGCAACCCGUUCUUCUCUGACCAGUGUAGGAUACGUGAUCGACGAGGUUUCACGAUCGCCGAACAACUGCUAAACCGUUUUUAACAACUGAAACGAACGCCGAGUCGUACAGACGAACACAACAGGCUCUGGGCUGAGCUGGUGACGUGGGAACGAACGCGCGUGCACAGUAAUUAUUGGAGUAUCAAAGAGAUCCUAUGGGAUAUAAUAUCGCAAACUGGGAAAUGAUACGCUCGAGGGAGGAAUUUGCGGAGAAACUAGGCCUGGACGCCACGGAUGACACUCAUUCCCUGUUGAACAAUAUGGUAGACGUCAGAGCGUGCUACAAGCCCAGCGGAAAAUCCUGGUUCCGCGGUGUCCGCAGCAGCAAGUUCCGGCACGUCUACGGCGUGCCAGCGAAGCGGGAGAAAUGCUACGACAACGUGAAGAUCACGAAGAACGCCCACGACUCGCAGUUCUGCGCCGUGAACCCGAAGUUCUUGGCCGUGGUGACCGAAGUCGCGGGCGGUGGAGCGUUCCUGGUCUUGCCUCUGGAUCGCACCGGGAGGCUAGACUUCAACGCCAGCAGGGUCACCGGGCACACAGGGCCAGUCCUCGACAUUAAGUGGAACCCUUUCAACGACAACGUCAUCGCCUCCUGCUCCGACGACUGCACUAUCAAGCUCUGGCAUAUCCCCGACGGCGGCCUGUCCCGAAACCUGACCGAUUGGCUGGUGGAGCUCCAAGGGCACAAACGCCGGGUCGCCUACAUAGAAUGGCACCCGGUAGCCGAGAACGUGCUCUUCAGCGCCGGCUUCGAUCACCUGGUGAUCGUUUGGGACAUAAACCGGGGUGAGGCGGUCAGUGUGAUCGACAGACAUCCGGAUGUGAUCUAUAGCAUAUCGUUGAACCGUGACGGCAGCUUGCUGGCGACCACAUGCAAAGACAAAAAGUUGAGGGUGUUCGAGCCGAGAUCCGGCAUCGUAGUCUCGGAAGGAGUCUGUCACGCUGGGACCAAAGCUAGCAAGGUGGUGUUCCUCGGUGGUUCGGGGAGGCUUCUGACUACAGGCUUCAGCAGACACUCGGACAGGCAGUACGCUAUCUGGAGCCAGCACGAUCUGACCGUUCCGCUGGUCUGCGAGACCAUCGAUUCCUCUAGCGGGGUCGUCUUUCCGUACUACGAUAACGACACCAACAUGGUGUACCUAGCGGGAAAGGGUGACGGCAACAUCAGGUACUACGAGGUAGUGAACGAAGCUCCCUGGAUGCACUACCUCAGCCAGUUCAUCUCCGGCAACCCUCAGAGAGGGCUGGGUGUGAUGCCAAAAAGAGGGGUGAGCACCUCGAUCUGCGAGGUGUUCAGGUUCUACAAGCUGCACGCGACUCGCGGGCUCUGCGAACCGAUCGCGAUGAUAGUCCCGCGAAAGAGCGACCAAUUCCAGGAGGACCUGUACCCGGACACGGUGGGCACCUGUCCUGCUCUAUCGGCCAGGGACUGGAUCAGCGGCAUGAACAGCCCGCCGAUUCUGAUAUCGCUAAAAACCGGGGGUAGUAUUACCACGCACAAGCCGCGGAUUUACAAGCCACCCCAGCAGCCGCCCGCGACGGACCUGAACAACAAGAAAAAGUUCGCCUUCUUAUCCACCGAGACUGUGCCGGACUACAGGCCGAUAGAGUUCCACGAGAUCUCGGAGAAGAGCCAGAAGACCUCCAGCAACCAGAGCACCAAGUUCCAGCAGCUGCAGCAGAAGUUUGGCACCACGGUGCUGCAGAAGAACAUCAUCGCUCCUUCUGCGGACAACAAGGUCCUGGAGACCGUGGACAUUCCGAACAACGAGGCCGAGCUGAGACUGGCGUUCGCUCGUCAAACCGACGAACUGAGACUGGUGCGACGGCAGCUAGCCAACAGCCAGUUACGGGUCAAGGAGCUGGAGGAUCAAAUACGCAAACUUCAGCGCCAAUAAACUUCCCCUGCAAGUCCCCUGGCCGCGUGUCCGCUCUCCGAACCUCUCACUUUCACUUUCGAAAGUAGAUCUCCUUAGCUAGGAUCGCCUCUCUGUAAUGGAACCCCGCUGGUCGAGCGGACACGAGGCCUAAAGGAUCCUGCGGACCUAACGAGACAGCGAACGUAGUAGACAGCGAUUAGUCUGUAGCGAUUAGCGGAGUAUCGUCUUACGAACGUUGGUCCGUACCGGGAUCCUUUGAUCCUCGCUUCAAGAAAAUAUCUGCCCUGUAGCUUUGUUGCUAGUUGCUCGAGAGACACCCAACGGUACUUAUGAGCGAUACCGGAUAUAUUUAUGCGAAUUCACGCGGCUCGUUGCUCGAGUUUAGACAGUUUUCCGGUGACAUUCUCGUCUUCAGCCUCAUUCCUAUCUAUGUACGGUCUUGCUACAACCACUUUUGUGAGCGCAACGAUCGAGCAACAAUAAUUUAGUCAAUUUCCGUCUCUGAACACGUUCGACGUAGAGAUGCUGGAACACAGAUGAGAUGAUUGUGAUUCAAAACGCUAUUGCCUUCGCUAUACAGACGAGCUUUUUGUCUCUGUGUGUUGGCUUGAUACUUCUCUGUUCGUUCUUUUUGCUGGCACCCGAUUCUACACGCCUCGAUGCUAUUCUAACCGGUCCUCUCUACGCGUAGAUCGUUAGUUACCGUGCUCCUCGUUCCGCCGAAUCCUCGAACGCGUGUUCCCUGCUUCGUCCUCCUAUGCCCGACGCAAAAUCGUGCGCUUUAAGAGAAUGAUCAAUCUGAUAUAUGGACGCAAAACCUCGAGGAAGUAUUAGUUGUUCAGUACACGGAGAAUUGUACCUGUCUUGUGCGGUAUGCACGUUUAUCGUACGAGAGGUUUGACCUGUACAGGACCUUUGGAAAACGUAGCUGCAAACUGUAGACUGCAACGACAGCGCGGACACAUUGCAUGCAUCCUGAGAUAGAAUAGAAAAUACCGUUUCGAAAUUCCUAGCAUUGAUUUUCUGGACUAACGAAUUCCUGACAAAAGGAAAGGAGAGCGUUAUAAAUACUGAUUUAUUCGAAUGGAUCAUGGUAGGGAGCGAUACUUACUUUGACGGAAACAUUAACUUUAAUGUUUAGGAUCCUAAACUUUAGGAUGCAUUCAACCGGUCGGUACAGCUUGCGACUGUGUUUUCUUGAAGCGCUGCACAGCAUCCCCCUUAUGUAGAGUGAUAGAUAAAUGCAGAACGUCUAGAAGUCGCGGGAAGGAUUAUUUAAACGAAAAUGCAAUAAACAUCAUUCGGGAAGAGAGAGAGAGAGAGAAAUGUGAAAGCACAAGAUACGAUUAAACGAUCGGCAACGUACAAUAUAAGAUGCCCCGCGCAAACUUAUCUGCAACCUCGAUGCAAUAACUCUCGAUGCAUUUAUGCAAUAUCUAAUAUUAACUGAUUCUUCUAACGAUCGCUUUUAAGUUUGUCGAUCGGUUGGCGAAAAGAUUUUAUUUAUUACACAAGAUUUACUUUUACACGAGUCGACGAUGAUCAACUUUUACCUGCGAUAGUCGAUAUCGCGGUGACACCGGUCCUUGUGGACAACCACGGAGGAACAGAGUACCGCGCAUUACUAUCGCCAGUGGCUGUACAUUAAUUUAUCUAUUAUUUAAUUUAAUUACUAAUUCUUUUUACGUGUAAGAUAGAGAAUUUCGUUGGAGAGCCAAUGAUCGAGCGUGUUUAUCACUGCCACGCAUACUGCCAUGAUCCAAGUGGCAAUACAAUUAGUCUUUUUCAUUUAGGGAACGCAUGGCAGUGACGAUAUUUAUUGUACGUACGCUAUAAUUAAUUUCGUACUAUAGAUUAGCGAGUGCAAUAUAUGCACAGUGUAAAUACGCACUGUGAUCGAUGAAAAAGAAAAUAAGGAGGUAUUUUAUUUUCCAUUUCGGAGGCUAAGAAACAACAAUUGGUCGUUUGCUUUAAGAAACUGUGAAACAUUUUUAUCACUUUCAUUUUGUAAUUUCCUUUGAACAUAUGCUCGAGGAAGACCCGUGAAUUUUUAUGUAAACAAAUGUUCUAAUUUAACGAAGAUCGAGAAGCAUGAAAAAAAAGAAAGGUCAAGGCUCGUCUUUUCAACGUUUUUAAAUACGAGAUAAUGUAUAUAAAAGUUCACGAAUCUUCGUUAAGAGAAAAGUGCUACACCAAGAAGUAACACCGAUACAUGUGUGUGAGUGUGUGUCAAAUUAAACUUUAUCUAGGACCAACAAACGUAAGAUUGUUAGUCACAAGAAAAUUCUAUUACCGCUUGAUAGUGAUCAAAUUAAGUAAUGGUUUAUACACUGUUUAUAUAUACAUAUAUAUAUGUAUUUUUCAUACGACAUAUAUAAUUGUAAUUUCAACCGAUAUAAAUAUAUAUAUAUAUAUAAAAUUCGAGCAGAAUUCCUCACCAAUUAAUAUUGUAUACGUGUAACGCGUGCUUUUCGAGUUAGUCGUUCUCGGAUAGAAAAGAAACAGAAAGGAAUAAUUACAUUCAUUUAAUUUGUCAAUGUGUAUUCAUUUUCGUUUCUAUUACCGCUUACAGUAUAUGAUGGAAGUGUGUUUGAACGUUCGAAUUUCAAAAGUGCACAUGAUUCUAUCAUGACUGCCGCGCUUCAGCGAAACGAACAUUUGGUUUGGUCUGCCAACACGUGUGCGUAGUAUGUACGUCUUGUCGAAGAGAGAGUGCUAGCUAACCCUAUGUACCGUUCGCUGUAUAAUAUAACGAUAUACAUACAUAUAAUACACCAAAGAACGUCAACGUGCGAGUACCUUGCGAAUUCGUCGUGAAAAGAAAUUUGUUACUAGCAGUUAAUCGACUAUCACAUUAUAUUUAUAUGCAGAGGAAACGAAAUCGACGAGUUAAGACUAACGGGGAUAUCUUGUUCGUGAAUAAAGAACAAUGCAUUCAUUUCGA